CUGCUACUCACUGCCACUGUCGACUGCGAAGCAUUAAUUUGCUUCUCUCCUCCUCAGACCUCUCUCUUCGCCCUCUGGACCUCAAUAUUCUGCAAUGGCAUCGCAAAUCUCACAGCAGUACGCAUUCCGUGCUCAAAAAUCUCUUGGCCUCGUUGGCGGCACUCCGAACUACAACCCAGUUCCAGGAUUUGUCUCUCCAGACGUUGCGGCUAGAUCCUAUGUGUACAGCGCUGAUGGUCGUCUGUAUGCCUAUACUCUACCUACUGUAGUGCGAAUAUUCCAGGCAGAGGGGGCCAUACUCCUCAGGGAGCUGGCAAUUCCGAAUGUCGUCGAGCUGAACUUUUCUCCUCGAGGCACGUACUUGUCCACCUGGGAGCGGCCAGUCAAACUCGAAGACGGGUCCCAACAUAAAAAUCUCCGGGUUUUCUCGACCUCCACCGGCGAGGAGCUCAUAUCUUUCGGACAGAAGUCGCAAGAUGGCUGGGAUCUUCAGUAUACUAUCUCCGAGUCGCACGCAGUCCGGUUGGUCGGCGCCGACAUCCAAGUGUAUCGGCCUGCGGAGUGGUCCAAGGGAAUGGUGGACAAGCUGCGGGUUGAGGGAGCCACGAGCAUUGCCCUAAGUCCCGGGCUCAACCCUUCUAUCGCCGUGUUUGUAGCUGAGAAAAAGGGCGCGCCGGCUAGUAUCAAGAUCUAUGGCUUGUUAACUCUCAACAGCCCUCCGACGUGCCAGAAGAACUUCUACAAGGCCGAUCGGUCACAAAUCAAGUGGAACACGUUGGGCACGCAGGUACUACUCCUGACCCAGACCGAAGUCGACAACUCAAAUAAGAGCUACUAUGGAGAGACUGGGCUUUAUUUGCUCAGUUCUGCCGGUAACUUUGACUGUCGUGUUACUUUGGACAAGGAAGGACCCAUCCAUGACUUUAACUGGAGCCCGAACUCGAAAGAGUUCGCGGUUGUGUAUGGCUAUAUGCCCGCCAAAUCUAUCAUAUUCGACCAUCGAGUCCGCUCGUUACACGAUUUUGGGUCCUCUCCGCACAAUUUCGUCUCGUUCAACCCUCAAGGCCGCCUUAUUGCCCUCGCAGGCUUUGGUAACCUCGCAGGCAAAAUCGACAUCUUUGAUCGACGAUCCUUGACGAAAGUGACAACCAUCGAUGCACCCAACACGUCGUACUGUGAGUGGUCUCCAGACGGUCGUUUCCUUCUUACGGCAACCUUGUCUCCUCGCCUACGUGUGGAUAACGGGAUCAAAAUCUGGCACUGUUCCGGACCUCUUGUCCACUUGCAGAAUGCUGAGGAGCUUUAUCAAACGUCUUGGAGACCUACACCGGUGGAGCAUGUAGCCCAGUUUGGGCAGGGCAUCCCACUAUCGCCUGCUCCCAGCGAGGCCGUCAGGAAUAUGGAAGCCGUUAAGAAGCCCGCCGCAGCGAAACCCGCGGGUGCAUACCGACCCCCGGGAGCUCGAGGUCUGGCCACGCCAGCCAUCUUUAAGCGAGAAGACGAAGGUGGCGCUGCGCGGACGCCAACGAAUGGGACGGCCACCCCGCCUCGAGGGUACAAUAGGAGUCCCGCUCCCGGAGCCCCGGCCAACGGGAAUGUCAACGGGAACGGGCGGCGACACGUCCCGGGUGCCGCACCGCCCAGUCACAGUCCAAGCCCUGGACCGGAAGGCGAGAAGAAGUCGUCGAGGAAGAGAAAUAAGGGCGCAAAGAAGGACGGCGAAGAGAAGGGAAAGAAGGAUGCUGGGGAUGUUGAUAGUGGACGGCCGUCGUUGGAUGUUCCUGCCAGUGGGAAGGCCAAUGGCAAGGCUAACGUGGAGGCGGUUGCUCCCCCUCCACAGGUGAAUGUGGAUGCGGCAUCACCUGUUACACCGACACUGGAUAGUGCACUCGAUCCGGCGGCCAAAAAGAUCCGGAAUCUGAACAAGAAGCUAAAAGCAAUUGAGGAACUGAAGGAGAAGGCGAAACGAGGAGAGAGAUUAGAGGCUACCCAGCUGAAGAAGAUGGAAGGCGAAGCCGAUAUUCGCAAGGAGCUGGCGAGUCUCGGUGCCUGAUCUCCGCUGGAUUCUUUCAUCUUCCGUCGCUUUCGCUUGUUGUCUACUCCUUUGUUGUUCGGUUGCUGUCGACUAUACACAAUGUAUCUAGAGGUUCAAUAUGGAGGAUAUUUGGUAUGUGUCUGUGC